AACCUCGACUAGAUAAAAGUUCAAUUGGAAUAUCCGAGCGAAGCAACAUUAUAUAAAGUUGAUCCUUAACUUACUUUCUUGGACAAUUCCUACGUCCUUAUCUAUACUACUGCUCUACUGACCAUCAGCACCAGAGUCUAGAGUCAAAACCAGAACCAUGGGCGUUGGAAAGCCUCGUCUAGAUAAAUACGAGAAGAUUCUCUCACGUCUUUUUGAGAAUCUUGCACUCUUUCAUAUACUCAAAGGCAUUGAUGGCCCUCACAUGGUCACAGCCCAUGCACCAACUGAUGUUCAAGGUACCAGGCGCAGGUUCCUCAAAAACUUAUGUUUCAUCUGCGAUUAUCGAAAGGGCGGAGACAGUACUACCUCAAUUGCUCUGGAAUCUCAGAAAAAUGAUGUUGUUCUCUGGAUCGCCGCGAAUUUCACGCCAAAUGACAAGGUCAUUCUGUUUCUGAACGAUAUUCUUCAACAGCUACAGAGGGGCUCGAAAGGGACCGAGGAAGAACGAGCCAAGCUGACAGAGGAGUUGACAAAGAAAUGCGUUGACUUUGCAGCCCCAAGGCUGAAAAAAGAGUGCAAGCUAUUGUCGCGGGCUACUAGUUACUGCGAAAAGUAUCUAAAAGAAGAUGACACAACUGUUCAAGGAGCUGGAAAUUCCCUGAUAGAGUGGCUACCUCAAUUCUCUGCUAACGAUACUGACACACUGACCCUUUGUCAAACUGCUUACCAUGCUCGUCAUGAUCCUCAGAUGGCGACCCUCAGGUCUCUGAGCAGAGAGCUCGGCGUUGCACCUCGAGAAACUGCAAUGAAUAUCAAGGCAGUUAGACAUUUGAUAGGUCGCCUUGCCGAGAGAAUCCGCAUACCAGCACUCCUGAUCGAAGAUUUUCUCAUGUUAGGACCACUUUUCAACUCUUAUCAAAUCAAGAAAGUUCAAGCCCCUAUCCCAGCAAUUGUUCCAAAAGCGGAUGGUCUCAGGAACCUCAACUCAAUCUUGAAAAGGAUCCUACAACCUGGAGAUCCUCGUCUCGAGGAUAUGCAGAACUACCUCGCUCGAUUAGAUGGACCGUUAAAACUCGAAGAGGCCAUCAGAUCCAUGUACGGCGAGGAUAAAGGCCAAGCAUGUGUGCACUCGGAGGUCCAGGUAUUAGAAGAAUUCCAUCGCAACCAACGCAGCUUCGUCGGUGGCGAUCGCUUCAUAGCGUGCAGCAAGCUUGCAUGUCUAUGCUGUAAAUUCUACUUUAAGCACCACCCUGGAAGGUUCGAGGAGCCUGAGUCUCAUCAAAAAUCGUACCUGAACUGGAGACCUAUUGAGUUGCCAGGCGGGUGGGAAAAUGAGCACUGGGUACAUCAGCGUCGGGCCUUGGGAAUGCUCAGUAGUGAGCUGAGCAGAGCAGUCGAAAAGCAGAUCGAAACUCGGCAAAGACCUACCCCAUGGCAGCCGGACUCUGUGACGAAUAUCACCGAGACUAUGAGAUGUGUAAGCCUUGGCGAGGUUGAGGCUGAAGAAGUCUUGGGAAGUGGUGAUGGAUGGAGUGAUGGUGAGUUCAUCGCAUGUCACACCAGUCGCCAAGCCGUAUACUAACAGCAGCACGCACAGAUUCUGCUUCAUUGGCACAUAUUAAUGAAGAUGACAUCAGCGAUGAAUGUGGUGAUAGUGAUGAUGAGUCGGAUGGAGGCGCAGAACUGUCAGCUUAAUGUGACAGGAGCAUGUAUCUAAGACAUGUGUUAACAGCUA